AUGGUGUACGCGUCCAUCGACGUGCUCGUCUUGGACGCCCUACGCCACCUGCAAACCGUGGAGAGGAACAGCACGCUGAGGCAGUACACCUCGUGGAUCUAUCACUACAAGAGGUGGGCGGCGAAGAUGUUGAGGCAAAUUCGCAACAAGCUUCUGCAGGAGUACAGGCUUAAGCACGUCGAUGAGAUAGGGCACUACAUCCGGGACAACAAGAAGAACAAUUGGGACCAAGAGGCCGAUGUCCCCCGGGCAUACGUGUGGCUGCACAGCCCUAGGGUCACCACGUCCCGGCUUCGCGCAUACGUGAAGCACAUGGUUUGGGAGUUGAAGCUCGAUGCCGAGUCCUGCAAGGAGGGCGACAACGCCACAGGAACACAGCCUGUGCAAUCUACAACGGUGCACACGCUCCUCGGGCGCAUAAAGGCAUGCCAGAUGGCGACGAGAGUGGAGGCGACGAUAUACCGGGAGACAGAGUUGAGCAUCAUGCGUGAGAUAUCGGUGGUCAGGUCGGAGGUGCGGUUCAUGAUCCGCACGAAGAACGAGCGGGACCUCAACACCUUUUCGGUGAACCCGGAGAACCAGCCAGUCGUCAUGGUCAUCGCUGCGCGGAACUCGAAGACGUCCAAGGAUGCGCGUUUGCAGCAGAGCUACGCUGUGCGGCACCUUGAAGCGGAGUUGUGCGCCGUCGGCGAGACGGGCCUGUGGUUGCACUUCAUCAUCGACCAGAUCGGCCAGUUUCACGGCGUCCGCCUCAUUCCGCCGGUGGACACUAGCACACGCGCGAGCUGGUACAAGAAGCACCUCUUCUUCGCCAAAAACGACACCGGCCAAGGGGAGCUCUCCGCGGCAAGCCACCAACGCUGGACGCGGCAGUUGUGGGACAAAAACGGGGUCUUCUGCAAGAGGAACGUGCACGCCGCUCGAGCCAGAGGGGCCCAGGAGCUGGCCAUCGACGGCACGCCGCGCGCCGAGAUCGCGGAGCUGGGUCACUGGGCGCUCGACAAGAUGACGCGAGCGUACAUCACCGCCAUUCCGGUGGGGGUGGUGAUGAAGAAGGCCGGUUACUCUGGUUACAAGCAGGACUACUUCUUGGGCCGGAGCAAGGCGGAAGGGAAGGCUGCCGAGGGGUCCGAAGCCGACAAAGCCGCGGUGCACUUCUGGCGCACACUCCAGAUGCUGCGCCGCAUCGUCGCCGAGGACCUAGCGGUGAAGCUGGUCCGCACACCAUGGCACCCGUACGUCCAAGGCUCCCUGCUCUGCCGGAUCCCCCUCUUCGAGCACUGGGAAAUCUCUGUCCGCAUGGACACCGAGUACUACAACAUAUCCCUCAAGGCAAAGGUGACAAAGGAGAUGGAGCGCGCCGCGAACGAGAAGAUUGACUUCCUGGAGGAGCUUGAGAAGCACGACGACACCAUCGCGUCUCUCACCGCCGAGAUAACCCGUCUCACCGAGGCACUCUGUGUGUCAGAAGCACGGAGAGUGCCGGAGGCCCCGCCGUGUGCUACCGCGCAAGCUCCCAGCGAGGGUGGCUCGGCGGAUUCGGCCAACAUGGGAGCCGGCGCCAACGGCGGGGACGACAAACUCCCGCCACCCCCACAAACGGACGAGGAGGCUAGUUACGAGCUCAACGUGGUACAACCGUGGCGGGAGGCCAAGACCGUGAAGGACGCCUGGCGCCUUUGGAACUCUACCACCGCUAAUGACACCCGUCGGCUUUGCGACAGGAUUGCCGAGCCGGGGUUCAUCGACCGCCACACCCUCCUCGCCGGCGCGACACAGGGUGCACUCAACAAGAGGGUGCGCCGCAUGCUGAAGGUCAUGGAUGCGGUGCGCCAGCUACGCGCGAGCAACGGCGAAGCCGACACCAAGGCCGUGGUUGACACACUGCACAGGAUCGCGGCAUCGGGCAUCAGGACCUUCGUCGAUGCCCUCACGGUGCUCAAACCGGGAACGGCACUGAUGUUGUCCAAAGAGCCUGGCAUGGGAGUCAAGGGGCUGGGCCCCAAGGUGGUCUCAAAGCUACGCCUUGCCUGUGCGCUUGUGGUGCUCAACCUGAAGCAGAGUGAUUGGGUCAAAACCCUGUAUCCAGACACGUGGAAGGAGCAGAUGCCGAAGACCAAGGCCGACCUGGCGAAGCCGACGGCACCGGCCAAGUCGACAGCACCGGCCAAACCGACCGCUCCGGUGCACUGUCCUCCGACCAAGCGGAAGAAGUCGGCAUGA